AAUCGGGUGCAAAAUCUCCGAUUUUCUCUGUGCCCGUCCCCGACCUGAGCUCCUUCCUCCUCUCUCUCUCUCUCUCUCUCUCUCUCUCUUGCAACUAAACAUGCUCACUCUUUAUAUUAUAUAUAUAUAUGUAUGAGUAGCGAAUCUACCACUACCCCACUCUAGGCUUCGAAAACACUAACCCUAGGGUUCCUUUCCCCCUUCUCCUUCGUCUCCGACGCGUGGGCUCUUCGGAUCUCGUUGGAAACCUAGCCAUAGUAGCGCCUCCCAUGGCGGCUCCGGCGGGGCCAGCGGCGGGGGAGCCCCGAUCGGUGGAUCCGCAGCUGUGGAUGGCGUGCGCGGGCGCGGCGGCGAGGGUUCCGGCCGUGGGGAGAGACGUCUACUACGUCCCCGAGGGCCACUGCGAGCAGUGCCCCCGCGCCCCCGACUUAGGCGGCGUCGGGUACGACGCCCUCGUCCUCUGCCGCGUCGUCGGCGUCCGCUACCUCGCCAACCCCCACACCGACGAGGUCUUCGCCGUGAUCGCGCUCGAGCCCGGGCGCCUCCUCCCCCCGCGAUCGGCGCCGGGCGGCGGAUCGGCCGCAGGAGGAGGUGGCGGAGGGGGGAGGGUGGUGUCGUUCGCGAAGAUGCUCACCCCGAGCGACGCCAACAAUGGCGGAGGGUUCUCCGUCCCCAGGUACUGCGCCGACUCCAUCUUCCCCCGGCUCGACAUGAGCAAAGACCCCCCGGUGCAGUACCUCUCCAUCCGCGACGUCCACGGCGGGCGCUGGGAGUUCCGCCACAUCUACCGCGGCACGCCGCGCCGCCACCUCCUCACCACCGGGUGGAGCAUCUUCGUCAACGCGAAGAAGCUCGUCGCCGGCGACGUCGUCGUCUUCGCCCGCAACGAGGCCAAGGAGCUCUUCGUCGGCAUCCGCCGCGCCUACCGCUCCUUCCCCAAGCCCAGCCCCGCCACCUUCCCCCACCGCGAGAUCGAGGAUGAGCCCGAGCCGGAGAAUGUGGAGGGGUUCUCGCGGUGCGUCAAGGGCCGGGUGCCCCCGUCGACGGUGGUGGAGGCGGUGAGGCUGGCGAAGCUCGGGCGUCCGUUCGAGGUGAUGUAUUACCCGAAGGCCGGAGCGGCGGAGUUCGUGGUGCCGAAGGAGGUGGUGGACGCGUCGCUGAUGGUGAAUUGGAGUGCUGGGAUUAGGGUUAGGAUGCCGGUGGAGACGGAGGACUCGUCGAGGAUGACGUGGUUUCAGGGGACGGUGGAGGAGAUCAUGGCCAAGGAUAUGGGGCCAGGGACCCAGUCACCAUGGCGUAUGCUUAAGAUUGAUUGGGACGAAAAAGAGGCUCUAAAAGAUGUCAAAAAAAAUGUUAAGCAUGUAAGUCCUUGGGAUGUGGAAUUAGUCAUUGACGCCCCUCAGAUGCAAGCGCCAUUUCCUCCUUUGAAGAAACUAAAGAUGCUAGGCCAAGAGAGCCCAGAGUUUUUCGGCAACAAGGACGGCAACAUGGUUUCCCUCUUAGGACUAAAGAACCAAAACAGGGGGGUUCUGUUUACUCCACUGCUCAACUACACUACAUCUCCUGCUGGCAUGCAGGGAGCCAGGCAUGACCUAAUCUUCCUACCCGGUUUAUCCACGCCCUCAUCCAUUACGCUGAAGGACUCAUCCCCGCAAAAUCAAGGAAGCAUCUUGGACUCUAAGGCUGAACCAUUUAAAGCUCCGGCUUCUGGUCCAAGGGAAGAUAAUGAAGAGCAGGUUGAAUUCUCUUUCCGGUUGUUUGGGCAGUUACUUAAAUGUAAGCGGUCGGGUGAGGAUGAGCUUGAUAAUAAAUACACAAAAGAGAGAGAGGAAGUGCUCUCACUAGGCAUAGUUACUCUUUAGUUCCAGCAAUGAAGUUGUCGAACAGAGUCGACUUGCAGCUUGCGCAGGUGAGUCGACCAGCUGCUGACUCUUAGUUUGGCGAAGGACUCUUGACUGCAGAUGUGGAUUGCUGAUGUGGACUGGCUGAAAGUUUGGGACUUCGGUAUGUUUUACCUGUGCGCGCUUGUUCUUUACGAAUUUGCUGUAGCUCGCUGUUUUAGGUGUUGCUCAAAUAUUUGGUUGGCUGAUCUGAUUUUUUUAAAAGUUUUUCUUCGACUGAUGGAUCUUGAUAUCUUAGGUGGUGGAUUAGAUUUUAGUGCCUGUUUGUUUCUCUAUGCAUUAGUUGUAUUUUGGACCUCUAGGUUAGUUUCGUUGUCUCGUGUUUAUUUCGAUCUCCCUAUGUAGUAAGUAGUUCGAACAUUUUAUCAAUUGCGUCUAGUGGAUGUUGUUCAAAACAUUUUGCUUU